AUGAUAACUUUUGUACUUGCAUUUGGCCCUCCGAAAUUGGAAUCAGAAACUGGUGGAGAAGUAUGGUUCCAAGUAGAUUCUAGUGGAGUUUCUCCUGACGGAUUUACUCUUCAGUGCAACGCUAUGAGCAAUCCUGAGACAUUUGAGUGGUUUAAAAACGGAAAAAAAUUGAAAGUUGAUGGAAAUCGAAUUACGUGGAAAAAAUAUUUCUACAGUGGUACAAUCGUUAUUACUAAUGCAACUGAAGAAGAUGAAGGUUAUUAUCAGUGUCACGCGUCUAACAUUUUUGGAACCGCUGUUUCCAACAAAUUCAGUGUUCGUAUUGGAGUGCUUGACCAUUUUGUACCGCGUGGUAUGCGUCGAUUGAUUGUGAAUGAAGGGCAAAGUUUAAGUAUUCGAUGUGAUGUUCCUUAUGGGAUACCAAAACCGACUAUAUUCUGGGUUUAUCGUGAUGCAAAGCAAACUAGCAUUAUUGAAACCAUCCGUAAAAAGCAUAUUGCCAUUGACAGCGAAGGUACUUUGCAUUUCACAGAAGUUCAGAAAGAUGAUGGACGAUCAAAUGUAAUAUACCAGUGCGCUGCAACAUCACCUGUAAUACAGGAAGAGUAUCGUGCAGGCAGUGAAUUCCAACUUAUUGUUAAUCCAGUUGAGGGUAUUAAUGAAACAGCUAUUCACAAGUUGUGGUUUAGUGCAGAAGAAGUAUCUAUCAGGGUAGAAAAAAAGCUCAAACUUAUGUGCAUUUUUGGUGGAAGGCCUUUGCCAAAUAUUUCUUGGAGUAAAUUAAAUGGAAAAUUGCCGAUAACUCGUAUGAAAAGUUUGCAAUCAGAAGAAUCUGAUUAUGGUAAAUCUCUUGUCAUAGAGCAUAUUCGUUUGGAAGAUGCUGGAAUUUAUGAAUGUCGAGCUGAACAUUUGUUUCAUCAGAUGCAUGUCACCAUUAUCGCAGCUCCAUUUUGGGUUGAUGAGCCACCGAAAGAUGUUGAUCAAUCAGAGGAAAGUUCUGCAGAAAUUCAUUGUAUUACAUCAGGUGUUCCAACACCAAUCGUUCAGUGGUUCAUAAAUGGAAUACCACUGCAUGAAUCCGCAGAUAGCAGUCGCAGAAUGGUUUUAAAUAAUGGGCAAAUUUUGCGGAUUGUUAAACUUGAUCAUGAUGUUGAUACUGCUGUUUACCAGUGUAAUGCUUCAAAUACAUUUGGAUACUUAUUUGAAAAUGCUUUCGUGAGCGUGCGUGCUUAUGCUCCACGUUUCAAAAUGCCUACACAUCGCAUAUGGAAUGUAGUACGUAAAUCAACCGUAGAGAUGUCUUGUGAGGUUGAUGCUGCACCGGAAGCAAUAGUCAGAUGGGUGGAUGCAAGUGAUCAUCCUAUUGCUUUGGUUCUUGGAAAGAUCCAUAUUACUCCAAAUCAUACACUGCGCAUAUUACAAGUGAAUUCAGCUGAUGAAGGUCUCUAUUACUGUAAUGUGUCAAACAAAUAUGGAAUCAACCGGGCUGUAAAUAGACUUCAAGUUUUUAGUCCGACACACUUUGUUCGAGUUCCAAGUCCGAAAAAAUCCAUUGUGGAAGCGCAUGAAUCACUAGAAUAUUUUUGUGAAGCAAUUUCUGAUCCUCGUCUUUCAGUGGAAUAUACCUGGACCCAUAAUGGAGAACCAGUCAAUGAUUCUAGCAAGUUCAAAUUGCUAAACAACUCAUUAGUGAUCGAUAAUGCUCGUGGUUUCCAUUCAGGAACGAUUGAUUGCGUAGCUCUCACUGAUGUUGAUGUGAAAAUUUCUGGAACUAAGUUAAUCGUCUUGGAUGUGCCUGAUGCGCCACUGUUGACUGAUAUUGAUUGUAGUGAUCAACGUGCGAUGUUAAGAUGGCGUCGACCAAAUGAUCACGGAGAUCAAAUCAAGUACUUUCUAGUACAAAUGCAAACUGGAUUUGAGCCAGAAUUAUGGCGAACUGUUAUGAAGGAAGAAAAUACUGCUGGGGAUUUUUACCAAGCUAAUGUGGCACUUUCACCUUGGGUAAAUUAUACAUUUCGUGUGAUAGCUUGGAAUUCACAUGGCAAGAGUCAACCGGGCAUCAAAAAAGAUACUGUUUGUAGUACAAAAGCUUCUUAUCCACACUCAAAUCCAAAACAUGUACGAGCUGAAGGCAACAAGCCAAACAAUAUGAUUAUUGAAUGGGAAGCAAUGGAUAAGUACGACUGGAAUGGUCCAGGGUUGCAAUAUAUUGUUCGAUAUAAACUCAACGAACCGGGUAGUACGUGGACAGAAAUUCGAAUUGAAGACCCUAUAGCAAAUCAAACUAUAAUUCGAGAACAACCAACAUUUCGUGAAUAUCUUAUUCAAGUUGAAGCUGUGAAUAGUUUUGGGCAUGCAGUCGUAGAGCCAACAACUGUGAAAGGAUAUUCAGGAGAAGAUGUUCCAUUACUCUCACCAGCCGAUUUUAGUGUUUAUGAUUUUCUGAACUGUACCACAGUUGUUUUGAAAUGGGAACUUGUAAAUCAAACAUCUGUACGUGGUCAUUUCAAAGGCUAUUUGGUAAGCUACUGGGAAAAUGGAAAAGCAUACGCUAUACAAAAUAUUAAAGUAGAAAAAGAUAAAGAUGAAUUGAUUCUUUAUGGUUUAAAACCAGUAACAAAUUAUACAGCUCAUAUUCGAACAGCAAAUCGCCGAUAUUUGAGUGAAUUUGCGUCAACAGUUCAGUUUACUACUCCUGAAGGACUUCCAUCCAAAGUACAUAAUAUGAGAGUGAGAGCAGUUGGUGCGAAAAGUUUAUUUGUAACAUGGGAACCACCAAGACAACCAAAUGGAUAUAUUCGCGGAUAUUUCAUUACAUUUGAAAAUUCUUCGACUGGAGAAAUAGAUGAAACGUAUGUUCUAAAUCGUCAACUUUAUUAUUUAAAUGAAGAAAGUGAACCAAAUACUGGAUAUAAAGUUUCUGUCUGGGCAGAAACGAAAGGCGGUGAAGGGCCAAAAGUUGUACGACCCGUACGAACAUGGCCUCUUCGAGAACCAGAUGUACCAUAUUUCACUAUUGAAUUGAUUUCUCCAACCACAGCUCGUAUUCGCUGGUUGCCUUCGAAUGGUUCAGAAUGGGCAAUGCCAGGAACUACUUUUUUUGUUAAUUAUUCCAUUAUUAGUAGUAAUGAUUGGAUCGAAAGUGAGCACAUAAGCUUACCUCGAACAGAAAUAAUGUUAAGAAAUCUGGAGGAAGAUACUAUGUACAUAGUGACCGGUAUUGCUAAAGAAGGUCAAAGACAACGAGCAUCGGAAAUGAUGACGAUGCGAAGUUUAAGUAGAGCAACUAUAACUCAUAUAUCUCAUGAAAGUUUGCAAAGUGCAGCGUGGUUCAUCGCAGUCUUAUGCGCAGUUAUGCUAGCAUUAUUUACGGCUGCGAUCAUGUGUUUUUGUCAUAGAUCACGAGAUAAUAAAUAUGAAGCUAAACAGAAAGAAUUAGAACAAACUCACAACACUGCCAUAGAAGGGCAUCAGUAA